CUGUGGCGGCGGGCUCGCGCUGCUGAGACAGGCAGAGCUACUGAGGACCGGUGGCGCGCGCUCACAGACUCCCCUCUCUCUCUCUCUCUCUCUCUCUCUCUCUCUCAGCCUCACACACACACACACACACACUCAACCCAAACAAAGGAGAGCACGCGAGGCAGCACAGCAUCUCCCACCUCCUCCUCUCUCAGCAUCCCACCACCACCACCACCUCCUCUCAGAACCGGUCCGGUACCGAGGCUCCAGCUACCGACACCAUGACGACCAACGGCGCGUCUAACGGCACCAGCGACAUGCUGCAGAUCCAGUUCGGUCUCAUCAACUGCGGGAACAAAUACCUAACGGCCGAGACGUUCGGCUUCAAGAUCAACGCGUCCGCGUCGAGCAUGAAGAAGAAGCAGAUCUGGACUCUGGAGCAGAGCGGAGACGACUCCAGCGGGAACGUCUUCCACCUCAAGUCUCACCUGGGCCGGUACAUCGCCGCCGACAAGGACGGGAACGUCACCGGAGACAGCGAGACACCGGGUGCGGAGUGCCGGUUCGUCAUCACCGCCCACGACGACGGCCGUUGGUCGCUGCAGUCCGAGCCGCACGGCCGUUACCUAGGCGGCACCGAGGACCGCAUCAUCUGCUUCGCGCAAACCGCGUCCGUCGCGGAGAAAUGGAGCGUCCACAUCGCCAUGCACCCGCAGGUGAACAUCUUCAGCGUGACGCGCAAGCGGUACGCGCACCUGAGCGGCAAGGUGGACGAGAUCGCCAUCGACCGCGACGUGCCGUGGGGGGUGGACUCCAUGAUCACGCUGGUGUUCCGCGAGCAGCGCUACCACCUGCAGACCUCCGACAACCGCUUCCUGCGCAACGACGGCGCGCUGCUGGCCACCGCGGACAAGAGCACCGGCUACACGCUGGAGUUCCGCUCCGGGAAGGUGGCGUUCAGAGACUGUAGCGGCCGGUACCUGGCGCCUUCAGGGCCCUCCGGGACCAUGAAGUCCGGCAAGAGCAUGAGGGUGGGCAAGGAUGAGAUGUUCGUGUUGGAGCAGAGUCACCCGCAGGUCGUCCUCACCGCGGCCAACGAGAGGAACGUCUCCACCCGCCAAGGUAUGGACCUGUCAGCCAAUCAGGACGAGGAGGGCGACCAGGAAGUGUUCCAGGUGGAGAUCUGUCGCGAAAACCGGAAGUGCGCCUUCCGGACCGCCGCUGGGAAAUACUGGACCCUGACUGCUAACGGCGGCCUGCAGUGCACCGCCUCCACCAAGUCAGCUAAUUGCUACUUUGACAUUGAGUGGCGUGGGAAGAGGCUGACUCUCCGGGCUGCCAAUGGGAAAUACGUCGCCGCCAAGAAAAACGGCCAGCUAGCAGCCACCAUCGACUCUGCCGGUGAGUCCGAGGAGUUUCUCAUGAAGCUGAUUAACCGCCCGAUCAUCGUGCUGCGCGGGGAUCACGGCUUCAUCGGCUGCAGGAAGGUGACGGGGACGCUGGACUCCAACCGCUCCACCUAUGACUACUUCACCCUGGAGUUCAGAGACGGAGCCUACAGCCUGCAAGACUCCACGGGUAAAUACUGGAUGGCGGGUAACGAGCAGGCGGUGGUGAGCAGCAGCGACACGCCCGUCGACUUCCUCUUCGAGUUUUGCGACUACAACAAGCUGGCCAUCCGCCACGCCGCCGACAGCAAGUACCUCCGCGGCGACCACGCCGGCGUGCUGAAGGCCAACGCCGACGACCUGGAGACCGCCACGCUCUGGGAGUACUGAGGGAAGCGGGGGAUGCUGCGGUGCCGAUGAAUGACGACGCAGCACGGCAUACAUCUACCUAUCCACACCCACCCAACCCCCACUCCCCGUUCCUCCCGUUCCUCAUAUUAUAUCCUGUACUUAUGACUUUAUAUGUUGAUGAACUGCACAGAGAGAACAGGAAGGAAGGACACUCCUUUCUCUCCUGCCUCCCUUUCCUUCCCUUCAUCCUCUUUCCCAGCUCUGCUCUGCAGCGCCGACCUUUAUCUGUUGCCAUAGUUACCGUGGGGCUGUGCACUUUUUUUCUGCUCCGAUCUGGUUUCGCUGCUCGACCUGUCACUCGCUCCCUCCUCGCCUUACGAUUGGGCCGUCCCUCUCCCAGAGCAGAGCAGAGCCACGUUUAAAGAGCCCCCUCCUCUCUGAGUUAACCCCCUCGUCUUUCUACUGUGUCUCUAUUGUCUGUGUGAGCAGCACAUGGUGGCAGUAUUUAUGCUAACUGACCUGGUCUGCUAGAUCUGUUUUUCAACCUGAUCUAAUCUCCCAAAACAGAUCCCACCACCGGAUAAAAUCUGCUUCCUGUUAGCUGGAUAUACAAGAUGGAGACGGUGGGUCUGUGUUUGUGCGGUUGCGUCACGCAGAAACAGAUUUUCUGCUUCUGUCAGACCAGGUCGAGUAUGUUUGUUUUCAUGAGCAGGCCCUGUUGCCUCUGUGUGAUGUGAUAUAACUGGAGUGGAUCUGAUGAUGAUAAAGAUAUCGAAGAUGAUGUAACUGACGGGUUUAACCCCCCCCCCCCACCCUUAUUCAUCUCAACUGUAAGAUAUUCAAAUGUAAACCCGUUUCCUGUGUUGUUCUCUAGCUGUGUUCUCAUUGGACCAAACAGGAUGUAGGAAGUUAAAACACUAAUUCCCCCCCUCCACACACUAAACCUAUUGUCCCGAGAACAGUAUAAAGAAAAUAGAAACGGUGUGGUCACAUACUGUGUGUUUACUGCACCCACCUGUCUUACUGGAAGAAAAAAAAGCACUCCCUGAUACACGGUCGGAUUUCCUUUUUCUAUGUCCAAGGCACAGACAUUAUCAUGGAUACAGUAGGUAGCCGUAGCAACUGGAGUGAAAUGAUUUAUAAACCCUUUUUUGAACGCUGCUUUUUGAAUCCCUCAACCAAACCUAGACCUCAGCCUUUACCUAGACCAAACCUUUGAUACUGGAUUAACAGAAACCAUCAUCUCACGCACAACCGACACAACUGGAACCUGGUGCUACUAACGCCUCUAAUAACUCAUGACAUGUUAAGAAAUGUUACAGUCCUUGUGGAGCAUUGUCGAGCAUCUCACACACUAUCUGCUGCGUCUCUGCCCCUGCACUUGAGAGCCUUGCCGUAUAACCGAAGGGGCUGAAAGAGCGCCAUUAAUAACCUAAAUCUGCUGCUUCUUCUGCUGAAGUAUCACAGUGAGAUGUGACCAAAUUGUAUUUGUUUUUGUUGGAUUUUUCUGUUCCUGACUCAUCAGUGAAGUUAUAUACGUUUAAAAAAAAAGAAAAAAAAAAAAGAAGCAGACUUUGAAUUUGUCAUAACCGAAAUGUCUGUUAUGCAGUCGUGUAGCACAAUGCACCCAUGGGUCCUGCCCUCUUUGAUUCUCUACCCUUCAGCUUUCUCCAUUAAGUAGCAAUGCUUUCUGUUUACUGUUUUUCUUUUUUACAAUACAGCAAAGAUUAUGUUGGCACUGGGGCCUAAAUUGUUGGGCUCUUCCACCCAUCACCGUCAUCAAGCGUUCCUCUGAUGUGAAAAUCAGUAUGGAAAACCAAUCAUUGUAGCCCCAUGAAAUGAUACAUGAUUGUAGCCAGCUCCUCACCAUGUCUGUCCACUUUUCUCUCUGAAGUUUCAAGCGUUUUUUGCAUGAAGGGUUGAGAAUCUCAAGCGAAUAAAAGGAGCGGUUCUCCUCGGAGAACUUAGACAAACGGAUGUGGAAGGGUAAACAUGUGGUAAUGACUGUGCCUUACUCUUGAGUUUUUGGGCAGUAGAAAAAAAAAAAAAAAAAAGAAUCCACAUCUUUGCUUUGUAUAACUGGAACUUCUUUUUGUAUUAUUAUUUUGUAUAAUUUUUUUGAUAUUGUGGAUUAACCUCUCUCUCGUGCCAUUGGUUCACCUGAAAUCCAACGACCAAUAAAACUGGGAUUUGGAACGCUA